AUUUACUCCUGUAAACUUAAACCCAUCUACACGGAUUACAUGAUCCAUCGGGUCGAAUGAUUUGAAUACCUUCGAAUUUGGGUAAAUGUGCUGCACCCACAACAACGGAACCUUCGCUGAUCCUUUUUGGUGUUUGUAUCAAGGUCACUCACGAAAAUUCCCCCAAACCACAUUUUAUUGAGUUGCCUGAGUCUCAAGACGCCAAAUAAACGACAUUAACACAAGCAAGCCAUUGCUCAGUCUUCGAGCCAUUGCUCGUCACUUCGCAUUUCUCCCACACUUCGUGCUAGUGGCCACCGUUAGAUGUAGAUUUUCACUCGCAUCAGGUUCCUAAAAAAUGCGUUGUUUCACCGUUUUAUGCCUAGGUGUGCUUUUGCAGAUGCCAUGGGUGGCUUCAAUUUCGAUGCCGACUUCCAACUGCUACGCUUUCAACAAUUCUAGUCGGAUCGUUGAUUUCAGUAGCUGGACUGGUUACCUUUUUGAGUAUGAAGUGAAGCAAGGUACUGACUUGGCCGUACGGUUUUGCAAAGAUGUGGAGAGUAGAACGCAAACGGGAUAUGUUGAUUUUGGCCGAUUUGAUAAGUUCAACUACUUUGUUUCUGGUACCGGCCAAUCUGACUUUAUACAAGAGUUUUAUAAUGGUGAUCUUAUGAGUUGCGAACAAAGUUAUGACAAAAUGGGACGAACAGCUCAGGUAAAUAUCAUAUGUGGGAGUUGUUUGAAUGGACAAUGUAAAGGUCUUCCUGGAUGCAUAUGUAAUGUUACAUUUGAAUCAAACUGCAGAGUUUUAAUUGAGCUUGCAAUUUCAUGUGAUAAACCGGGUCCUCAAGUAUUUCAAGGCUUCACUGUCGGUUUUCAUCCAAGAUCAUGGGAACUUGUUUAUAAUGGCAUGACUCAAAUUGGUUUUGAGAAACCCUACAAUGAGUUUAGCUUUCCAACAGGGCAAACUCAGGUAGUCCUGUUUAUGACCGCAGUUGCUUCUCUUUCUUCCCUUGUUCAAAACCCUAGUUUAAAGGUUCUUCCAGAUAAUGGCUUGGAAGUUAAAUUGUCUGGAUCUGCUGCCAAAGGGAAGCCUCCUACAACUUUGUCACCCUCAAUGUUGGUUGUUGAUUGGAGAUGUGAGGUGGCCCGUGAUACCCCAUAUGAAGUUAAUAUCACAAUCCCAGUUGAGGGUUAUGAGCCAAUUCAUUUUGUGCUUACAAAAUCAUGUGACUAUAAACAGGCUAUAGGGGGAGGUCGCACAAGAGGAUGGGCAAUAUUUGGAGUGCUAUCUUGCAUAUUUUUUGUUUCUUCGACACUCUUUUGUUGUGGAGGGUUCAUUUACAAGAUGAAAGUGGAACGCCAGCGUGGAAUUGAUGCAUUGCCUGGCAUGACAAUCCUAUCUGCCUGCUUAGAGACAGUUAGUGGAGCUGGGCAAGGCUACUCAAGGCCAGAAGACAUCAAUAGUGCCGUUGCCAGUGAAACCUCUUGGGAACGUCCUCCUGGUCCUUCUCAAGGUGCAUGGAGACCAACAGAAAGAAAUUAUGGCUCCAUUUGAAUGUGUACCACCACUCAUUUUGCUUUGUUUACUGACAGUUCCCCACCAUGUUAUCUAAUUUUUGGAUCAACUCAAUUUAUGUAUUUCUUUGUAUACAUAAAUUCUCAGCUAGAAGUAAAGGGAGGUAAUUAUAGCAUGAAUCUAGACGCUGAAUUCCAUUUAAUGGAUUGUAUUGAAAUUGAAUUUUGAUAGAGUUAAAUCAUUGUUUGAUCCAUUUUUAUAACAUUUAAUGACUGUUUGGUUUGCUUUA